UAUACAGUAUACUUAUUACACUUGUUUAUGUUGUAUAUUUAUUUUAAGACCCUAGUCAGUGACUCAGUGUUGAGUUUAUAAAGUCCGCAAGUAAGACGUGCUAUCUACCAAUUGGAUAAUAUCUAAUGCCAAUUAAUUAACUGGAAAUCAUGGGAGAUAUUGUAGAAUUGAAUUCCACUGAAGGCCAGGUUCUUUACAGAGCCAACUCUAGUGCCAUAAGAAUUAGAGUUAGCUUUCCAUUAUCAGCAGAACCACAUAUAACCUUUUAUUCAAAAUUUCCACCCCAUCAGGAACUAUAUCAGCUGUAUAUUGGGGAUGUAUUUAAACUUGUAGACAUAUUAGAGGGUAAUGUUGUUGAUUAUUACAACAAAGACCCACCAACUUCUUUUAUCGAGUUCAAAGAUUUUUGGAUAUCAUGGCACAGUGGAAAAUUUCAAUAUGGUCUGUGUCCUAACAUUGAACCCAUGCGAUGUAUAAAACUUCAAAAUGCAAAAAAAAUUGGUUUUGUAAGUUUUCAUAUCCCUACAAUAAUAGAUGAAGCUGAGGUUAGAUGGGUGAUUGAAAGACCCCCAAUAUUCCUAAAUAGCUUACAUUGCAAAAGUGAUAAGGAAAUUGAGGGUGGUGAACUACGUUGGGUAAAAAUGACAAAUAACAGCUCAUUACCUAUGGAUGCAAUAGUUGGUGGAUAUGAAAAUGAACCUUUAUAUAUUGCUAGAGCAAUACAUUUUAAUUCUCUGACACCGGGAAAAUACCUUAGAACAACAAACAAAAUGUUUGUGCCUUGGGGACAUACUGCAUAUAGAAAAUAUGAUUUUGAGAUAUUAUGUGGGUUUAAUUAUGAGUGGGUUAAAACGAGUGAUAAUUACAUACCAGAAAAUGCAGUCGUCGGUGGUUACUCAGAAGUCCGUUACGAACCACUUUACAUAGGUAGAGCUAUGGUUAAGAAUUUUUUACUUAUUGGAAAAGUUCAUGUACUUUACAAUACAUGCUAUGUACCAUUUGAUAAUAUGGAAAUCGAAGUCGGUUCAUAUGAGAUAUUAGUUGAGAAAAAUGUAAGGCGUGGUCUCUUCCAUGACGAAAACAACAUUGUAAUAAGUAAAGAGCAAUAAGUUAAAAGUUUUUGACGAAGCGACCUGUUACAAUUUAUGUCUAGAGCCGUAGCUAAGCUGACGGUGACUAGAGCUACUUUUGUUGUUUAUAAAGUUCAUUAUGGCUGUGGCGUCUUUAAAUAAGUUGUACAUUAAACAGGCUGUGCUUGCUGUGGAUCAGAAGUUCAUUAUUUUUCAAUAAAAAAAUCCUCACAUAUUU